AUCCUAUACCUUCGUACAAUUUUUUUCGCAUACCAAAGCAACCCGUUUUCAAGAAAAAAGGAAAAUUUUCAAUCAUUCAAAUUCAGAACUCAAUUUUACAAGACAUCAAAGCGCAAGCAAUCAAAAUGCGAGGUUGGGGUUUUCGUGAAAUGCCCAAGCAUCCAUUGUUGUGGCCAGUGUACGCUAUAUGCAUUGCCGAUUUGUGCUGGCUUUCCUUCCACAUCGUGCGCACCUCGCUGUACAAUCCGGAUAUCGUUUGGGAUCACAAAAACAACCCCGAGCCCUGGCAGGAUCACAGAGAUAAGCGCUAUAGGCUUUGGGCAGGAAACUACGACUAUUCUAAGCGUCCCUGUCUUGCGCCGAUAAUCAAAGAUGGCCAGGUGAUUCCAGUUGAGAAACCAAAGGAAUGAUUUUGAAUUUCCGAGAUAUAAAAAAUUUACAGUAACAAUAAACACGAAUAUAUUUGUUUUUCA